GCUUACGAGGAAGCUAAGCACACAAACGCUAUCUUCAAAAGUUCCAAUCUCUCUCCCCCAAAAAGCCUUCAUCAGUUCGCCGGAGAUUACGAUGAAGUCAAACCACCAUCGACGACAUCGGUAAGCUAUAUUUUUCAUUACUAUUCCAACUCUAUUCUACCAUUUUUGUUUAUUUAAUUUAAGAUCUCAGUCAUGCCUUCUGUUUUUCACUCUGCCUGCGCGCCGCUUGGUCUUAUGUAUUCCAUUUCUAGGGUUUCAUAGAAAAUGAAGUUAGAGUUCUAUAUUUGUCGAAAGAUCACUUCUUUUGUCUCAAUAAGAAAAUGGCGAUUAUUGUUUCUUGAAUGCUAAUGUUUUUAUUGUUUGUGAGAGCAUCGCCCGUCUUCACUAAGCUCGGCGAGUCAGUGUAGAAGCAAAGAGAAGCAGAGAGCGACGGCGGUAUGGGAAUGUCGGUUCAGGUGACGCCACUCUGUGGAGUAUACAACGGGAACCCUCUCUCUUACCUCGUCUCUAUCGACGGUUUCAAUUUCCUCAUCGAUUGUGGUUGGAAUGACCAAUUUGAUACUUCUCUUCUUCAGCCCCUUUCCAGGGUGGCUUCAAGUGUGGAUGCUGUAUUGGUAUCACACCCUGAUACAUUUCAUCUUGGUGCUUUGCCCUGUGCUAUGAGACAACUUGGUCUUUCCGCUCCUAUUUAUGCUACAGAACUAGCUGGUCAUCUGUUGGGAAGUACUACAUGGAAGAUAACAAAAGAUGGGGAGGAUGUCAUAUACGCUGUUGACUUCAAUCACCGUAAAGAAAGACAUCUGAAUGGAACUGUUUUAGAGUCUUUUGUCCGUCCAGCUGUUCUAAUAACGGAUGUCUUUAAUGCUUUAAACAAUCAACCCUCUAGGAGCCAAAGGGACCAAGAGUUUCUAGAGGGAGUUUGAGGAUAUCAGAAACCAUUUCCAAAAUCACGAACAUGCUCGGUUGGUAUUAAAGUAUGAUGAGGCUCUUUCCCAUUUGAUUUAUGCAGCAUCUGACAUGCUUAUCAUCCCAUCCAUCUUUGAGCCUUGCGGCCUUACUCAGAUGAUAGAGAUGAGAUAUGGGUCUAUACCAAUUGCUAGGAAAACAGGGGGCUUGAAUGAUAGGUUCGUCAACGCGACACAGCAGGACUUCUUUAUUAAUCAGAGUUCAUGGUUAUUUUUUAAGAUCUCUCUUUUUAAUGUUCUGGAGUAAUUGUCUUUGAUGAAGUAACCUAAUAAAUGAUGAUUACAGACAUAUACUGGGAAUAUAUUAAUCGCUGUCAAUCCUUUUAGAAGGCUACCUCACUUAUAUGAUACACAUAUGAUGGCCCAAUAUAAAGGUGCAGCUGGUGGAGUAGAUCAAGAAAUAGAAGAUGAAGGCAAUGAAGAUCCAGACCUUACUUAAGAUGAAUUUUGAAUUGCUAUAGAUGAAUGUUCUAGGAAUCUUUUGUUGUCAACAUUUUGAAACUUACUAUCUUGAAAUGUAUUAAACUUAUGCACUUGGGGUAGAACAUUUACUUUUAUGGAUAUUAUUAGCUUGUUGGACGAGUUAUAUUAUUAAUAGUUUCAUUUUGUGAUUUAUUUAAA